AUGUGUCAAACUACGUACGCAACAUCGCUAGGAGGCGAUGGUCCCUAUGAUAGGAAAGUGUUGUAUACGACUUCCGCAUUUGGAGGCGAUGAAGGUUCAGAAAUGCUGCGUAAAUUCAUGCAUGUUGCGCCCGAAAGACCUACAAACCUGCCUUUAUCUAGAUCAGAGCCCAUUUGGAGAGCUGUGGCCGAAAGUCGAAAUCCAGGUAAUAUCAAGUUUUCGCACCGGGUCGUCGAUUUUACCCAGAAGGGUGACUGUGUUGAUCUUCGAGUCGAAGGGCCGAAUGGUCCCCAAGUCUACCAAGUUCAGUACCUUGUUGCUGCUGAAGGCGGCGGUGGAAUCGUGCGCUCCAAGCUCGGUAUCCAGAUGCAAGGUCCAAAAAACAUUGCCAACGUUGUGUCAGUUCAUUUCAAAGCUGAUCUAUCGAAUUACUGGGACGAUAGAACGCUGAUAGCUGCUUUCAUCAACCCUGAAGGAGAGACGCUCCUUGGUAGUGGUAGCUUGAUACAGCUGGGUCCAACUUGGGGCAGAUACUCAGAGGAAUGGGGUCUGCAUUUUGAAGGCCUCCCUGCUGACAAUCCCAAUCGAUCUCGCGAGGAUGAGCCGGAGAUCUUGAAAGCGCGGAUCCGCUCUCUUCUCAAGAUCCAUAACAUUGACAUUGAGAUCCUGAAUGUCAGUCACUGGGUGAUUGAGCGGGUUUUGGCCGAGAGAUAUCAAGAUGGGCGGAUCUUCCUUGUUGGUGAUGCAGCCCAUCGAAGGCCUCCGACCACUGGACUUGGUCUCAAUGGUUCAAUCGAAGAUGCCAAUAAUAUUGCGUGGAAGUUGGCGCAAGUUAUCCAUGGCAAGGCUUCGCCAAAACUAUUGGAGACCUACGAACAAGAACGUCGGCUCAUCGGGAAACGCAAUUGCGACUGGGGAUUGAUGACCUUCGCCAAUACCAGCGUGUUGAAUGCGGCACUGGGAUUUGUCCCGGGGCAGAAAGCUACAAAUAUGGCACGGCUUGCAGCGCUGCUGGAAGAGUCAGAUAUUGGGGCAACGUAUCGAUCUCAACUGCAACACAUCUUCUCGGCCCAGGUCACUGAAUAUUCAGCCCUAGACCUGGAACUUGGGUUCAGUUACUGGCAAGGAGGAGCCUUUCUUCCCGACGGGACGGAAAGACCGGCCAUUGAUCCGCUUGGACAGUCUUACAUCCAGACUUCAAGACCUGGUCAUAGGCUGCCUCACAUUUGGCUGGAAAUCGACGGAGAUCGAUCUCAAAAGCCGCUGUCGACACACGAUUUGAUGAACAAUGACUACGACUACCUCCUAAUCACGGAUCAAUACGGGACUUCAUGGAUCGAAGCAGUCCAAAAGUCCGCCAAACUUCUCCGCCUCACCAUCGGAGUUGCGCAGAUUGGACCUCUCGCGGCGGGACUCCGCCCUUGUAAAUACAUCGAUCGAGGGGAUCGGUGGGCAACUGAGUCCGGCCUGCGGAAAGGCGGUGCAAUUCUUGUUCGUCCAGACAACUUUGUCGCCUGGCGGCAAUGCGACGGCAGCUUGAAUGGAGGCAAAGAGCUCGCUACUGCUCUAGAAACGCUCGUUGGGGACUGCGUUGGUCACGAUAUCCCGUUCAAUCCAUAUACGACGAACGGGUUCUACGAACAGCACAAGACUUCCCAUGUAAACGGAUUCCACACGAGGAAUUGUUGA